AUGACGGUUCGUGAUGCUCUCAACAGUGCAAUGGAGGAGGAGAUGCUUCGCGACGACACCGUCUUCAUCCUCGGUGAGGAGGUCGCCCGCUACAACGGUGCAUACAAGGUCACCCGUGGUCUCCUCGACAAGUUUGGCGAGCGUCGUGUCAUCGACACGCCCAUCACAGAGGCAGGAUUCACUGGUCUCGCCGUCGGUGCCGCCCUCAGCGGACUUCGCCCUAUUUGCGAGUUCAUGACCUUCAACUUUGCCAUGCAGUCCAUCGACCACAUCAUCAAUUCGGGCGCCAAGACUCACUACAUGUCUGGUGGUAACGUCCCUUGCCCCGUCGUCUUCCGUGGUCCCAACGGUGCCGCUGCUGGUGUCGCUGCUCAGCAUUCGCAGGACUACUCGGCAUGGUACGGCCAGAUUCCUGGUCUCAAGGUCAUCUCGCCCUGGUCUGUCGAGGACUGCCGUGGUCUCCUCAAGGCGGCCAUCCGCGACCCUAACCCCGUCGUCUUCCUCGAGAACGAGAUGCUCUACGGUACCUCGUUCCCCGUCACCCCGGAGAUUCUCUCCGAGGACUUUGUCCUUCCCAUUGGCAAGGCCAAGAUUGAACGUCAGGGCAAGGACAUGACCCUCGUCUCGCACACCUUGGGCCUCACCCACUGCAUGAACGCCGCCGAGCAGCUCAGCAAGGAUGAGGGCAUCGAGUGCGAGGUCAUCAACCUCCGCUCCAUUCGUCCCCUGGACAUCAAGACCAUCAUCGAGUCGGUCAAGAAGACGAGCCACUGCGUGACCGUCGAGGCCGGUUUCCCCGCCUUUGGUGUUGGAUCCGAGAUCUUGGCUCAGCUGUGCGAGAGUGAGGCUCGCGACUACCUCGACGAGUUCCCUGAGCGAGUCACUGGCGCGGAUGUGCCCACUCCUUACGCUGCGAACCUUGAGGCUCUCAGCUUCCCGGACGCCAACAUCAUCAAGAAGGUCGUCAAGAGGAACCUCUACAGGUCGUAA